AUGGGCGCGUUAAUCAAAUUCAAAAAGAGUGAGGAAGGAGGUUCUCGCGACUUGGCCACUUUUUGUUUACGUUUCAGACGUGGAGUCGCCGAACAAAGGUCUGAACCGCCGAUCGGAAGAGACAUGGCCAAGUUAGUCUCGACUGAAGAGAGGUGGCGAAAAGACUAAAUCAAGUGCGGAGUGGGCAGCGCAGGUGCGCAUCCAGAAUCCAGGGGAACGGCGAGGGCCUAAUUUUUGUCUAACGCACAAUCACCUUCCUGGCCAUGGUGUCUCGGCGUGAUGGGUAAGUUAUGUGACCAAUUAGUUGAUCAGAUAACAAUCGGCUGGCCACUUUAGGUGUCCGGACGGCUCAUUUAAGGUAAACCGCGUGGCGGAGGCCGGUACUGAGGUAAAAAAAAAGGGGGGGGGGAAAUAGGGGUGUAGUGCCACUGUGCAUAGGCCAUAAAUCUGUCCUUUUUUGAGAGCUGCGGUCCAUAAAUUUGUAGAACUAUGUUGUUUUCUUUUCAGGGACAAUUGUCAAUCGCGUGUCAACCGUUCAAUAUAAAUCAGGAGCAGAGGAAAAGCAAUGAGGACCAGGACUUGGUACAUCCUGGAGAGAAUGGUCUUGCGGAUCCAGGUUUGCUAGAGGGAGAAGAGGUUGACCAUGGUGAACUCGUUGUGGUAGAUCAUGAAGAAGAGUUUGGUCGGCGCAUGAUGCCAGCCCAGUUACCGGAGCUACAAAUCGAGGGUAAGUAGCUACAACACUUUUCGGAAAUCGGGUGGGGAGAAAGCGGCAGAUUGUUGAUGAGAAUAUGGUUGUAGAUUUGGUCCAAAUCCUCGACAACGACGAACAAAGGGCAAGAGCAUUGGCUGAAGCACGUGGCCGGGUCCAAAUCUUUGACACAGGCGCGCAACCGCUGCCACGUCGAUCAUGGGGAUCACAGCGGCAUCAGGAGGACCAGAACUUGGUGUCGGCCGAUUUCUAUCGCCGAGUUGCAUAUUUGCGUAAGUAUCUUUAGCUUUUAAACAAAAAUUGUGGUUUAAAAAUUAAAAAAAUAAUUUUUUUUGACUACUUGGAUUUAGGAGACCUAAAAGAUCGCAGACGCAACUAA